AUGAGCAGCGAAACUAAUUCGUAUAGAGAAAAGGAUAGAAACAGAGAAGACUCACCUGGGUCGAAUUGUUCAGAAUUUUCUAAAGAGUUGAACAACGAGACUGUUCUGGAUGAUUCAAAAAAUAAAGCCGAUAGAGGUAACGAUCAAUGUAACGAAUCUAAUACUGAUGAAUGCCAGAAGAGAACUUUGCCUCAACUCUUUUCAUUAGAAAUUGAAAAGGGUACAGGAAAUAGUAAUUCACAUGUUGAUUUCUUGAGUUAUCAAGAUGCCCCUGGCAAGCUAUUGCAACAAACACCAAGUGGUUCUAAUGAUACUCUUAAUAAUGCAGUAUCUCAUGAAGAUAUAGGCGAACCAUUACAGAAAUUCAAAAUACCUGAAGGUGGUUCAUCAACAAAUAUUAGAGACCCUCAUGAUGAAUUAACUGAAUUAAAUCAAUACAUUGCAAAUUAUAAGAUUGAUGCUGUUUCACCUCUUUCAAACGAGACAACGACUUUGGCCAGUCCUCAAGAAUCACCUCCAAUUGCUCAGACUAUUCCCAAACGAAAUCCGCCUUUCAUCAAGUCAAAAAUAUUAGACCCUAUCGGACGAUACCCUGAUGGACGGUUUUUCAAUACCAUAUUUCAAAAUUCAGCUACAACUAAUAAUAACAGAGACAAAGUAGAGUCAAAUGUCAAAGGAGAAAGCAAUCGUCCUGUUAAUUCUUCCAGCUUGUUGAAUGAGAAAGAUCCGAAUUGGUUGCAAAAAAAUAAACAUCGUGUAACAUAUAGUUCACUAUUUCUACUCAUAUUAUUAUUGCUUAGUUGCUUUAUUCCAAUAGUUGUCACGUUGUACAAUGGUACUCAACAUACUGUGCAUAAUUACUUUAGAAUGCUGAACCAAGAUGAAAGGCUGAGAAUGUUCAAGUCUUUGGUUCAUGAUUACGGAAAUUUAGAUGGAAGUAAUAAGACAAGAAUAUCAAGAAGGGGAUCUAAAGGUGCUGAUUUAGCUGGGUAUAAUACCUUAAACGGUAUUAAUCCCAAAUACAAAAAUGAUCCGGAAGUAAUUUCAUUGAUGUCAGAUAAAGGAUUUUUCGGCACGAUAUUCUACGGCCUUGGUUAUGCUCCUAGGGAUGCAAUGGAACCACGCUGUGGUGUCAGUAAGCGGGAAAUUCUAUUAGAUUUAUCACUAAUCUCUAAAGUUACAACUAGAGUUAGAAAUUAUGGUAUGCAAUGUAAUCAAUCAAAUUUCAUACUAGAUUCAAUUCAAGAUUUGCAACUUAACAUGACCUUGGCCAUGGGAGUUUGGAUUGGGUCUAAUGAAACAACCAACACCCAACAAAUAACUUGGAUGAAGGAAACUUUGAAUAAAUAUCCUAGAGACUUAUUCGAAUGUAUUUUCAUUGGAAAUGAAGUACUAUUUAGAGAGGAACAAAGUAGCAAAAGUUUAAGCAAGUAUAUUGAAGAAGCAAGAUCAUUUGCACAAGAAAUUGGCUACAAUGAUUUACCAAUCGGAACAUCAGAAAUUGGAUCAUUGAUUGAUAAAACCUUAUUAAAGAGCUGUGAUAUAAUUGGUGCUAAUGUUCAUCCUUUCUUUUCCGGAGGCGAGGUUGAGACAGCUAGUCAAUGGGCAUUUGACUUUGUUAAAUACCAGAUUGAACCAUUAAAUGAAGGUUAUGAUACUGAAAUCAUUAUAACUGAAGUAGGAUGGCCCUAUAAAGGUGGAGAAUACGAAGCAGCAGUUGCUGACCCUAAAUCUUUCCAAAUUUUUCUUAAUGAUUGGGUGUGUGAUGCUUAUGAAAAUGACUAUGGCUGGUAUUAUUUCGAGGCGUUUGAUGAACCAUGGAAGAAAAUAUUCUACGAAGACGGAAAUAAAUGGGAAACCGAGUGGGGAGUGUUCACAAAAGAUAGGAAUCGUAAACGAAAUAUUUUAUUGCCAAAUUGCUAA